AACGACUGACAAGUAGAUAACUGACUCCUGUGUUCAUAAGGCGUCGGCUGUCAUUUAACACGCAGACACUCAUCCUUCAGCAUGGAGCUAAACGAGGGAAAACAGGAGCGCUACUUUAUUGUAGUGAGGAGAAGCAAGAAUGGUUUGUCUCGCGGGUCUAUUGGGUGCGCGGAUGCAGAGACAGCAGCAGGAGAUCUCAUAGGAAUGGUUUAUGGAGGAGGUGGCAGUGCCAAGAGCAGCGGCACGGUGAAGAAGCAGGACACAUACCCACUCACACGCCACCAAGCUCAGCUACUUCUGUUCGUUUCACCUGCCAGCAGACGACUGGAGCUCAUGUGCAACGUCCAGCUCUUCAGUGCAAUCUGCGCUCUUGCUCAGGACGAUCUUGUAGUGGUCAAACACAAGAAGGACUUUCAACCAUGCCUGGUCAAAAAUCUGAUUCAAAUAGGCAAGAAAGACAAGCCAGGAGUCUUGCAGAUGCUGGGAUUUGAGCUGGAUUUAGUGGACACUCAACAUGAUAUUUUGUCAAAGACGACUGUCCCUCUUCCCUUCUUCAGUGCCGCUGAUAUUGUCCAGGUGGCUCCAUCACAUUUAAACACCAGACAACCACUGAGAGACAGCGUUGAUUUGGGUUUGAAAAGGAAAGCGGUGUCUCGCAUCAACUCCAUGCCAGCUCUCAACUCACGCAAUGCAAAGAAAGGAAGUAUCAUUUUAAACACAGACGUGUCAAGUACCAUUCAGUCCUUGUCCCAUUCUUCUUUGGAGGUGGGGUCUAUGGCAGAAGUCAUAUCUUUGAAUGGGCUGACCGUGUUUGGUGUGAUCAGAUGGAUUGGAGUCCCAGAGGGAAAGAGAAAUUGCUGGGCAGGACUUGAGCUGGACAAUGAGGUGACGACUUGUUCGGAUGGGACAUUUGGUACAAAGCGGUAUUUCACAUGUGAAGGAAACAAAGCCUUGUUUGUGCCACUGACCAACUGCAAACCAGACAGCAGAUUUCUGUUCAUCCCGAAUGAGAUCCCAAAACCACUUGAACCUCUCUCAGUCACUCUCCUGGAAGAUUUAAAUGAAGAUGUUCCCCCUGUUGCUGAGCAAGACGUUUUGUCCCAUCUGAUUGGCAGAAUGAGGGGAAUCCAAGGUCACUUCAACUCAUGUUAUCUAGACACCACUCUCUUUAGUCUCUUCACAUCAUCCGUAGCUUUCAACAGAAUGUUUAGCACAUCAGAAGAUAGCGAGGAAGGCAUUUCAAACAUUUUAAGACGGGACAUUGUGAACCGUUUACGCAGAACGGGCUUUGUUCCAGCUGAGAGUGUGAUGAAGUUUCGAGAACGGCUGGGCUGCAAAUCUUUUGCUACAGAGGAGAAAGAUCCAGAGGAGUUCAUCACACUACUACUAAAGCAAGUUUUACAUAUAGAGCCUUUGCUCAAAAUCAGGUCAUGUGGAGACUUGGCACAGGGUGCUUAUACACAUCAGAUCAUUGUAGAAAAGAAUCAGGUGCGAGCUGUGCCUUCGGUUCAACAGCUGCUUGAGAUGUCCUUCGUGUCAAGCGAUCUGAAGUUUGAAGAGAUUCCAUCUUGCCUUAUAGUUCAGAUGCCACGGUUUGGAAAGAAGUUCAAGAUGUUCCCUAAAAUCAUUCCCUCAACAGAACUGGACAUCACAGACAUCUUGCAUUGUUCUCCCCGGGAAUGUUUUCUGUGUGGUCAUCCUGCUGAAUAUGAGUGUGUCCAGUGCCUGAUGGACCAUAAGCUCCAACCAGGCAAAAUAAAGCAGUAUUGCAUCACCUGCAACACACAGGUUCACAUUCAUUCCUCCCGAAAGGAACACACUCCUCAAAAACUUACAGUUCCAGAUCACCUUCCAGAAGAUGCACCUGUACAGAGGCAGCAGAUGCAACUUUUUGCAGUCCUCUGUAUAAACACCAGCCAUUAUGUAUCUUUCGUCAAAUAUGGGCCUAACCCACGGUCCUGGAUCUUCUUUGACAGCAUGGCUGACCGAUGUGGUGAUGAUAACAGUGGCUACAACGUUCCUGUGAUCAGGUCCUGUCCUGAGGUUGGAGACUUCCUUUCACAGUCUGAAGAGGAGAUGUCCACAGCAGAUGUGAGUCAGAGCAGUGAGAUGGUACGCAGACUGCUGUGUGAUUCAUACAUGUGUCUCUAUCAGAGAACAGAGUGAGCAGAGACAUCUUUGAUAUCUUCGGACUACUGUGUCCUUCUCUUGUCUCAUUACAUCAACAGAGCUGACACAUGAAUUACUGUAUACGUAUGUUUUGCUGAGACAUUCUGUUCUUCAGCAAACUAUUAAUCUGUGACUUCUAAUGGAAGUGUAUUAUAUUUAAAAGGGCUCCUAGAUGUAUCUCAUUUUAUUAGGCAGAGAUAUACAUUUAUACACAAGCAACAAUGUAAUUUAUUUUGAUAGUUAAGUAUGUUCAGUAUGAUUUAUUUUGUAUUACAUUUGGUAUGAUUUUUGAUUACUACAUGAUUUAUUGCUUAUUUGUAUACUGAUUAGUAUAUUCUAUUUGUAUUGAAAAUUGUAGGAUGCUUAUAUUGGCAUUAAAAAUUAUGCAGCACCA